CUUCGAUCGCUUUCACUGCUCACACUUCACCCCCUCACUUUCUUACCCCCUUUGCAGAAAGGAGGAAGAAAAGAAAAAGAAGCGAAAGUGACAGACAGCCCUUCUCUCCACCUUCACUCUCUCCAGCGUUUUAAAGCAGAGAAAGAGGCGUGGAAGAAUAAGACCCAAAACGAGGAAACAAGAAGAUGUCGUCGGCGGCGGAGGGAUACGGCGGCGGUGGCGGAGGACAGGAACAGCUGCUCCACCACUACCACCAUCAGACGUACCACGUGCCCCAACACAGCCGGCGAGAGAAGCUCCGGUUCCCACCGGAGGAAUCCCCGCCGCCCACCUCUUUCUUCUUCCACCACGAUCCCAGCUCUCUUACCACCUUUCUCCCUUCCUCCUCCUCCUCCUACUACUCUUCAAACCCUAGCUACACUUUCUCUCCCACCACCCAAUUCUCCGGCCACCGGGGCUUCUCCUUGUCCCUUGCCUCCUCCUCUUCUUCUUCUUCCAAGCCUCCUUCGACUUCUUUGCCCCACCACCAGUUCGCCGCUGGGCCGGCGCCGAGGCCCGCAGGGCCCCUCGGGCCCUUCACCGGCUACGCCGCGGUCCUGAACCGGUCCCGGUUCCUCGAGCCCGCCCAGCAACUUCUAGAGGAGAUUUGCGACGUGGGACGUCGACAAGGACUAAGUGGUGGCGACGGGGGAAUGCUCCUCGAUGCCGAUCCGCCGGAGCUUUCGUCGUUGGAUCAUCACGAGAUGGAGGGGUUGGCCGGAGGAGGGGUGGAGGAGAGCGGGAUCUCGGGGGCCGAGCAUCCGUGGAAGAAGACGAGGCUUGUGUCAAUGCUUGACGAGGUUCGUAGAAAGUACAAACAAUAUUAUCAACAGGUGCAAGCUGUUAUCGCAUCAUUUGAAUCUGUGGCGGGCUUGAGUACUGCAGCUCCGUAUGCCUCCAUGGCCCUCAAAGCCAUGUUGAAGCACUUCAGGUGCCUCAAAAAUAGGAUAUCUAAUCAACUAAGUUGCACAAACAAGGUUCUCGGGCGAGAAGGCCUCAGCAGAGAAGAGAGUUCGAGCUUCGGCCUCACAAAUUGUGGUGCUGGUCUCCAAAGAGCACCAAACAGCUCUGGCACUUUUGGUCAGGCACAUGUUUGGCGGCCUCAACGGGGACUUCCUGAACGUGCAGUGUCUGUCCUUCGUGCAUGGCUGUUUGAACACUUCUUGCACCCGUAUCCGACCGACACCGACAAGCAGAUAUUGGCUAAACAAACAGGUCUAACAAGAAACCAGGUCUCUAACUGGUUUAUCAAUGCAAGAGUAAGACUUUGGAAGCCUAUGGUUGAAGAAAUCCACUCUCUCGAGAUGCGAAAACCGCAUAAAGCCCCAGCAGCUGAUAGAAACCGUAACACUGAAGAGAAAACCCAGCUUCCAUUAGAAUCUAUGGCACCUUCCUCUAGUUCUCAACCACUCCAUAGCAGCAGCAGCAGCCAAAAGAAUCAAAAUCCAUCCACCGAACUCUUUCGAGAUGAUCUCACUCACCUCUCCAGCCACAUCCAGGAACCCUUGAACUUUGUCUAUGAUAAUUUAUCCUGCCAUCAUCAUCAUGGAAUGGAUGUUGCUACUGGUGCGAAAGGUGAUGUUUCUCUCACUCUGGGCAUCCAAAACAAUGGCGUUUGCUUAGCAGAGCCACUUCCUAUGAAUGUUGUUCGCCAUUUUGGCCUGGAAGACUGCGGUGAUGCUUAUGUAAUUGGUGCAUUCGAGGGGCAAGAUCGACACUUUGGAAAGGAUACCUGGCGGGCAUUUCCUUCAUGAUUUGUUGGACGAAGUACGCACCAAGUUUACAAACCGAAGGAGAUGAGGAUGGGCUAUCAUAUUCUGUAAUAUCAAUGGCUAUAUUUUCCCAAAAUCUCAUCAGGACUCUGUGUGACAUGAAUUUCCAAGCAGAAAUUUGGAAGCUUGUUAAUUCUUCAUGAAGCGUCGAAGAGUGUCGGUGGAAGUUGUUCAAGUUGCCGUUUGGGAUGGCUGGGAAUGGUUGCUUAUUGGAAAACAGAAAACAAUGAUAGUCUAGCCUGCUAUCUGUACCUGGUUGUAGAGCAUGGAUAGUGUAUAUUAAUUGACCUGCUAGCUUAGGUUGCUAAAGGAUGCAAGAAAAUGAUGUUAACAAAUAUUUGUGUUGAAUGUUAGCUGGCUACAAUCA